AUGUCUUGCCCUGAGUGCUUCACUGGGGCUAUCCAUCAGGGUAAGCUCCUCGGAUCAGAGGAAAACAUCGCAGGGAUCAAGACGUACAUCGCUAGGCCGCCUUCCAAUUCGGCGUCAAAUUCGACAAUAAUUUUCAUCACCGAUGCGUUCGGUUUUAAUCUCGUCAAUAGCAAACUACUCGCUGACCAGUAUGCCACCAAGAUUGGCUGCACUGUCCUAGUCCCUGACAUUAUACCGGGUGGCGGGGUGCCCGUGGACACUCUGACUCUGAUGGAGUCGGUUGGGAAGCCGGUAGGCUGGUUCGAUAUUCGAGGUCAAAUCCAACGUAUUUUUUCGUUCGUCCGGAUGAUGUCGAUCGUCAUUCCCUUCGCUAUUCGCACUCAGAACGCCUUCCCGGGGGUUCUUGCGUAUGCUCGAGCCGUGAGAGCAACCUUGUCUCCUGGAGGGCGGCUAGGAGCGGCUGGAUUUUGCUGGGGAGGUCUGCAGACAGUCAAACUCAGCCAGGAGCCUUCCAUUGAAGGUGGAGACUCGCAACUUAUUGAUGCUCACUUUACUGCUCAUCCGGCGGGUUUGAAAGUCCCGGACGACUACCUGAAGGCUGCCAAGGCAUUCCAUGUCCCAAUCAGUAUCGCUGUCGGAGAUGAGGACCGAUUCCUGUCAAAAAGUGACGUUGAGACCAUUGAGGCUGGAUUUCGCCAGGAGUUUGGUCCUUUGGAAGAUGACUUCGAGGCUGUUGUCUAUCCCAGCUGUGGGCAUGGAUUUGCUGUUCGUGCAGAGCCAAGCAAAAUUGUCGAAAAUGAUGCUGCCAAUAAGGCCGCUCUGCAAGCUAUUGAGUGGUUCAAACGACACUUGAAUUAA